UGUGCUCUCAUAAGGAAGAAUCCAGAAAAGGCACCACUGCAUCACUGGGAAGAACCUCAAGAAAAUUUCGAUAGGAUCCAUAUGGAUUAUGCAGGACCUUUCCAGGGUUUCCAUUUCUUCGUUGUAGUAGAUGCAAAAUCAAAAUGGGCCGAAAUUAAACCAAUAAAACAAGCACCUACAUCCGAAAAUACCAUACAUUUAUUGCAAGAAAUUUUUUGUACGCAUGGGUUACCAAAAGUAUUGGUAUCCGACAAUGCUUCAAUAUUUCAAAGUACAAUGUUUCAUGAAUUUUGUACAAGAAACGGUAUCAUCCAGAAAUUUACUGCACCUGGACAUCCAUCAACAAAUGGCCUGGCUGAAAGAAACAUACAAACCCUCAAACGUAAACUUACAGCUAUGGCAGAAGAGAAAUUAUCUAUGCACGUGAAAAUUAGAGAAAUACUUUUUAGAUAUCGAGCAACCCCUCUACAAUGUGGAAAAACACCAGCGCAAUUAUACUUAGGAAGAGAUAUCCGUAUAAAACUUGAUGCGAUGCGACCACCAAAAGAAAGUGUUGGUAACAAAAUAUUUCAUCAUAAUAUUCGAAAUUAUAGUGUGGGAGAGAGGGUACAAGCACGAUGGUAUGCAGACAACAAACCCACAUGGAAAUUCGGAACUAUUGAACAAAAAUUUGGACGACUACAUUAUCAAAUUAAAUUAGAUAAUGGUUACAGCUUAAAGAGGCAUAUAGACCAGCUUGCCAGAACAAGCGUCCCUCCAAAGAAAACAAUGACAUUCCAAGACGAUCGACAGGAGAGUAUUACAGACAAACAGUAGACUGAGGGAAUGGACGAAAUGAUGAUUAUACAACCCCGACAGCAAAUAGAGCGACCUGUA